AUGGGGAGCGUGAGAGGCCUGUGGUCUUGGAUGCUAGCUUUGCUCUCCUUGCCGGGUUUGAUCCUGGGAGCACCCUCACCACCCAGAUGUUCAGGAGUAUGCAGUACCAGUGUCCCAGAGGGCUUCACUCCUGAAGGGAGCCAGGCAUCUCAGGACAAGGACAUUCCCGCAAUUAACCAAGGGCUCAUCUCAGAGGAGACCCCAGAAAGCAGCUUCCUGGUUGAAGGGGACAUCAUCCGGCCGAGCCCCUUCCGACUGUUGUCAGUGACCAACAAUAAAUGGCCUAAGGGUGCUGGUGGCAUUGUGGAGAUCCCCUUCCUGCUCUCCAGCAAGUAUGAUGAGCCCAGCCGUCGGAUCAUUAUGGAGGCUUUCGCUGAGUUUGAACGUUCCACAUGCAUCCGGUUUGUUGCCUACCAGGGCCACAGAGACUUCAUUUCCAUCCUUCCUAUGUCAGGGUGCUUCUCCGGUGUGGGACGCAGUGGAGGGAUGCAGGUGGUGUCCUUAGCACCUACUUGUCUCCGGAAGGGCCAUGGCAUCGUGCUACAUGAGCUCAUGCAUGUGCUUGGCUUCUGGCAUGAGCAUUCACGGGCAGAUCGGGACCGCUACAUCCGCGUCAACUGGAAUGAGAUCCUCCCAGGCUUUGAAAUCAACUUCAUCAAGUCUCGGAGUAGCAACAUGUUAGCACCCUACGACUACUCGUCAGUGAUGCAUUAUGGGAGGUUUGCCUUCAGCUGGCGUGGGCAGCCCACCAUCACACCACUCUGGACCACCAGCGUCCACAUUGGCCAGCGAUGGAACCUGAGCACCUCGGAUAUCACCCGGGUCCGUAGGCUCUACAACUGCAGCCCAAGUGUCCCUGACUCCCACAGGAGAGGGUUCGAGGCCCACAGUGAUGGCAGUGAUGGGAGAAACCUCCCUCCUUCCUCCCUAUCAUAUCUGCAAAGACUUCUGGAGGCACUGGCGGAAGAAUCUAGAAGCUCUGACCCCAGUUGCUCCAAGACCAGAGGCCAGGGUAUUAUUCCAGAGAUCGUAGACAGCCAGGAAAUAUGGGAGCAUCCUGCUCAGAGCAAGUUCGGUGUGGAGGCCUUGGCAAGACCACCUCAGAUGCAAGCUGCUUCUCCGAGGUCAGGGCCUGGAGCAGGUGCAGAUGGCAUCUCUCUAGAGCAGUUUCAGGCAGUCCAAGACCCCGUUGUACCUCCUGCUCCAUUUCCAGAAGCCAGAGAUCAGCCAGCACCUAUUCAAGAUGCCUUGGAGAGUCUAGCUCAGCUUCCAGGAGGUUGUGCACCUGGAAGUCACGUUAGAGAGGUGCCCAGAGACUGAGCCUUUUGACUUCUGCCAGCAAGUGGGGAGGGUAUACUCUUCCAAGAGAAGCUAGGUCUUCUGGUCCCUGGCCCCUCUGGGCAUCACCCCUGUCUUCUAUCCCCUGCACUGGCCACUCUUGGAGGCCCAGGUCACCCCCUCGGUCUCUUUCUCUACCACGUCCUCUCACCCCUGCAGAGUUCCUAGGGAUAGAGAGGCCCCCAAAGUCUGUCUGUUCUUGACUUGGACCCUAGUCCUGGAAGAUGCUGGGGAUGGAUACAGGAUUGAAGAAGUGGUGGGUAUGAUCAAAGUUCCAGCUUCUGGACGGCCUCUGGGAAUUCUACAGCUGAGGAUGAGCCCCCAGCAUGGACUCAAGUGUUGCCUUGGGCAUGGUCUCAGGGGAAGCCCUGUGAUUGGGACCACGAAUAUCCUCCUGUCCAUUAUGCCUGGCUCUAAGGAUGCUCUGAAGCCCUGGGAUCCAACCCUGGCCUCCAGGGGGCAGUGUCCAGUUUGUUCUCCUGCUAACCUGGACCAGCAAGAGGGGACUCCUUACCAGAUCUGCAUAAUGGAAGCCUUGGCAAGACCGCCAGUCUCUGGACAGCAGACUUGAGCCUUAAUCCCACAUCACUGUUUUUGCUGCUUUGCCCACAGAGUGCUCAGUAGAAGACGCUGGGGCGGGGUGUCACACCACUUGUAUUCCAGUCAUGCCCCCCUCCUCCUUGGUCUCCCAUGAGGUUUCUUCUAGGAACAAAGAAAGUGUGUAGGUACUAGGGUCUGGGCCAGGAGCCCUUUGUUCUCCAGGAGACUGCUGGGAGUUCAGGGAAGCCCUGCUUGGGAUGGGAGGGGAACUAGGACUCUGAACUAGUGGGGAAAGGAGCCUCAUCCA